AGCCACCCUACUUCCAGUGCAAGACAAUCUUCCUAAAAGCUGCAUGCUUCUCAACAGAAGGAUGGAAAAAAGGUCUCGAAGCUCCUCCAGUGAGUCUCACAGAAGAAACAGAGAGUCCCCAGCUAUGCAUGGCAAAAGGGACAAGAUGGAGAGCAGCAGAGAAGCCAGUAGAGAAAGAGGGGGGUCCAAGAGAGGGAAAGCAAAGGAGACCAGGAAGGAGGACCAGAGCACUGUGGGGGCAUCCAACAGAGUUCAGUCUUCCACAGUGGUGGAUGUGGACGAGGUGGUGUCUUUCGAUGACGAAAUGGAGGUGCUGGCACUGCUGGAAAGUGAGCGACAAGAGGAAGGUAUAAAGUCUUCAGGUCUCGGUAUCUGUGAGUGGCUUCUUACCAUCCUGUCCCUUCUCUUCAUCAUCAUGACCUUCCCCAUCUCCAUCUGGUUUUGCAUGAAGGUCGUGCGGGAGUACGAGAGAGCCAUUGUGUUCCGAUUUGGGCGCCUCCUUCCUGGAAGGGCCAGAGGGCCCGGCCUCUUCUUCUUCCUUCCCUGUCUGGAUACAUACCACAAGGUAGACCUUCGCCUCAGAACCUUAGAGAUCCCCUUCCAUGAGGUGGUGACCAAAGAUAUGGUUACAUUGGAAAUAGAUGCCAUCUGUUUCUACCGCAUGGAGAAUGCUUCUCUCCUCCUAACCACUCUGGUCAACAUCUCCAGUACUAUCCAGCUGCUGGUACAGACAACCAUGAAACGCGUGCUAGCACAUCGGUCCUUCACUGAACUCCUCCUGGAGAAAAAGAGCAUUGGUCAGGAAAUAAAGGUAGCUUUGGAUGCAGUCACAUGUCGCUGGGGGAUCAAGUUGGAGAGAACAGAAAUCAAUCAUGUAAGGCUGCCAGCUGAACUCCAGCAGUCCUUGGCAGCAGAAGCAGAGGCUCAUAGACAUGCCAAAAUACAGGUGAUAGCUGCUGAGGGAGAAAAGGCUGCCUCUGAAUCCCUGAGGAUGGCAGCUGAAAUCUUGUCCAGCACCCCAGCUGCAGCUCAGCUCCGCUACCUCCACACGCUGCAAGCCCUGUCUACAGGGAGGCCAUCCACUGUUGUUCUGCCUUUGCCCUUUGACCUGAUGAAUCUUGGGUCUGCAGCCAUCCACAGAUGUACAGCCAGCCUUUCUGAUAACACUGCAAGCCACCCAGAGCCUCAGGAGGACAAGAAGGACUCCCCCAUGUUGUAGAGCCUUCCUGGAAGAAGCUGGAGCUCAAGUGGGGCUGCUGCACCUGCAGCCAUGUUACACAGUCAUUCACUCACAAGAGCAAUGAACUGCCUGCCUCCGUGUUGGUAUGAACUGUGGUAGCGCUGGGAUGGAAAGCACACAAGGGCUUUUAAUACAAAGUGUGUUAGACAGCAGAGGAUUUAAGUUUGCUUGGAAAAAGUAUUCCAUAUCUUAAGUGUGCAGGGGGUGGGGCUGGAGCUGCAGGAGCAGGUGUGGUAGGGAUUGUUGCCUCUGAAUUUUCCCAUUUUAUUUCUUUUAUCACCAAACCACAGUGAGCAGUGCAAGAAUGGUAUUUUAUGCCCACACAAGCUUCACCCCUAGGGAUAGGUCUAUUCUUCCAUGGAUGGUGGGUGGAAAGAGAAACUAGCGUUUAUUUUGAAAGGCCCCAAAUAUCUAAUGUUCAUUUCCCAACCUUUGUGGUAAGAUCCAUGGGGAAUAUUUUUCACUGCAAAAGCCAGGUGCCUGGGACAAGCAAAGAGGCAUAAACUGACACCCUGUACAAUACAUCCAGCAGGACCUUUGGUUUUCACAAAGUUCCAUACCCUCAUCCAGCUCUGGGGAUUUUCUUGCUGUAUCACUCACCAUCUGCAGGGCAGCUUUUUGAACUGGCAGUGAGAGAUGUGCAGUGCAAGCAUGACUGAAAUCGGGAAGUGGAGCUGGAGCAAGAAUUGUGGGAAGCUCGUAGGCAUCUCCUGGCCCUUCCCAGCCCCACCAGACUCAAUUUGUUGUGUUCUAGGAUGAUGUGUCAAAAUAUGGAACAUAGUUGGUCCAGGGACAGCAAACGAAUAGUGUAAUGGAAAUAAACAUUUGGGAACUUGCUGUUUGUGUUAAUUAGCUCAGGUCACAGUUACUUGAUCAGUUGCCAAAGGCUUAUGUGGGAAGCACACAAGGACAUGCAGGUACUCCUGCUGGUUCAGGGAUGGAUGCAGAACAUGGCUAUAGAGGGGGGAUCCCAGCCUGGAGCCAAGCUGUCAUAUCCCAGCCAAGCUGCAUUGCUGUCCCAGUGGGAGUUAGCUAAAGGACCAAACAGACCUGUGUCCUUGAUAACAGGCUGGAGAUAACUGUUUCCCGACCCUCCCCCCAACACACAGAGACACAGGCUGGUCUUGGAGACUUUUAGGCUUCUCAGUCUUCCUUGUGUGUGAAUGGAACAAAUCAGAGGAUGCAGAGGAUCAGAGAAAGAAGAGAGUGGCAGAUAAGUUAGAAAAAGCCAAAGGGGAUGGAUAAUUAAAGUAGGGUAGAGAAAGGAGCAGGGUUGGGGUAAGGUAAAGAGAAGAUGUACUGGAGGCGUGCAGUCCAGAAAAAGAAAGGAGUGAUGGAGAUGCAGGGGUAGGGAAAAGGAAGAAAUGAAGGAGCAAUAGGGGCAAAUGUGGACUGAAGAGCUACAGGACAGGAUAAAAGAAGAGCAAAACAGGCAAAGUGGGGACAAAGGAAGGAGCCGAGGAAGGGCAGGGCCUGGGCUGCAGGGUGGGGUAAAAAUCAUAGAAUCAUAAGAAAACAGAACUCAAAGGGACCUCCAGAGAUCUAGUUGAACCCCCUGCCUGAGGCAGGAUCAUUCCUAUCCAAAACAUCCUAUACAAAUCCAUUGUUUAUCUUAUUAGCAAAACUACACAGUCAAUCCUGAUACAACCACAGGACAGCACCCUAACCUGCCAAAAAUAAGGCAGGGGGACCAUAGUGGCCAACAUCCUGUUGCUGCAAAGGUUGUUAAAAUACACUUAAAUUCCAGGAAGAGGCCUAUGCCCCCUGCUGUGAAGGAAGAUGUAACAGCCAAAACCAAAGAAAUUAAUAAGCAAUAAAUAUGUGCUUCUUAGAGGCAUUUGAAAUGUUUGUCUAAUAUAAAGCUUGUAUUUUUGUAACCCACAAAUGUAAGUUGUAACUGUUUGUAAAACUCACUAGGCCCCAAAGACAAAGCUAUAGUUGUAAAUUUAGCUGACCUAAUGGUUCUUUCUUGCUCAGAAUUUAGCCUUGAUGAUGAUAAAAACUGGAUUCAACUGCCUGGCCUACCCAGCACAUUCCAGGAAAGCACAUUUCAAAAAAGCAUAGUCAGAGAGAUCUAAAGGGGUUAAAUUUAGGUGGAAUAAUGUUAAUUUCAAACCUAAAAAUGCUGCAUUGCAAUUUGCUUAUUGGAUAAACCCAAGUUUGGGUAGUAACCUUUUAUAAUAAUUUUUAACACCUUUUAAUCCCAUAGGGCAACAGCUAUAGAACAAGAUUGUGAAUGGCUUUAAAGCCAACAGAUUAACAUAAAACUAGGUAUAAAAAGUGCAUGCAUCAGGUGACCAGCAGGAAGGAAGGAACAGAACAGUCACUGCUGUUCCACGCCCGGACCCCAGACUCCCGGUGUAAGUAAGAAUCGGAUCCUAAUCAAGGGACCUUCCCCAGUAAUCCCCCUAACAGCGUCAAUCGAAAAUGCCUGACUUUGCUGGAAGCAUCUGGCGCGCACCUGGCAUUGAGGGGCUAUCAAUAAGUUGCCAACCCAUGUCUGUCUAUCUGUUGUUUUAAACAGCCGGUGGCUGAUGCCCUCGCAGUGCCCAGCUGGCCUGUGACAGGUUAAUCUAUCUGUUAUUAUUUAUUAUUAGUUCUUUAAUACUGCAUUAUCUGCUUAUCACAUUUAUCUUUCUGUUAACUGUUAUGUAUGUGUAAACUAUAAUAAAUUUGCCAUUGCUUUA